AUGAACGUAGAAGCACCACCACAAAUGACCACCCACCCCCCAAAUCCUCCCCAGUUUCUUGAAGAACCCAGCAAAUCUCUGCAAGCUGACGAGGGAAGCUCGUUAAAGGGUCAGUGUUCAUCGGCUGAUGGCGUUCGACAAGUGGUCGUCGAUGAAGUUGCUAUAGGAGCAGUGAGGAGGGCUGAAGAAGACGACGACGAAGAAGAAGACAAUGGGCGGGAGAGAUUGAAGAGGCAUAGGAUUGAAGUGGCAAAAAGUAGGGUUUGGAUUCCAGAUAUAUGGGGACAAGAAGACCUUUUGAAAGACUGGAUCGAUUGCUCUGCAUUUGAUGAAUGUUUGGUUCCCACCGGGAUUACGUCGGCUCGUGCUGCUUUGGUUGAACAAGGAACAAGAUCAACUACCCGCAGGAUUAGAAUAGAAAACAGGUGUUGA